AUAUAACUAGAUCUUGGGAACACGUGAUAUUACAGCAUCAUCGCUUAUUAAUAUUCCGUAGCACGAUAUUCACCAACAAAUCAUGCUUUAAGUUAAUAGCUAAAGCUAAAUACUCUGCCACAAGUGCAGCUUAAAGACCAUGCUAUGUGUUAUUGUCAAUUAUUUUUACUUCUGGUUAGCACGACAUUCGUUUAUGAUAAUGUAUUGUUUUCGCUUUGGACGGUUUAAUAAACAAGUGCUGUGAUGAUGUAUGGAGAAAAGUAAAUUUAUCUGGCGAUGAAGGAAGUUACAUAAAUAAUUGAAGAAAAAAAAAAAAAAAAAAAAAAAAAAACUUCAAGUGACUACAUAAUCUGUUUUUAUUUUUUCAUUAGCGAAGCAAAUACUUAGGGGAAAAACACAUACACUGGAUAUAAAAGUAGAGAACCACCUGGGAUGAGUCACAGAUGGAUUCAAAUAAACGAGCAUAGGAAACAGAACACAGGCGGCAGUAGAUAGGUUAAUUAUACUCAUAAGUGAUAUUCUGACUCUGUGCCAAGUUCAUUACAAACAGAACUUAUUAGACACUUCAACAGUACGUGCAUCAUAUUAAGUAUAGAGUUUUUCAUAGGUAUCGAAACUGGUUAAAGAUGGAUGUAUGUUAUAUUAUAAAGAAGAAUAAAAUGGGGAUUCUGACAUUUCUGUAUUUGCUAUCUAUAACUGUGUUACACAUACCGGAAGUGAAAAGUUCAAAAAUAAGUAUAACAACUAACAUUGGAAGUUUAAACGGCAAAAGUGAAAACGUGGAAUUUAACGGUCACACUAAAAGUGUAUCUCAAUUUCUUGGAAUUCCAUUCGCCAAGGCGCCAGUUGGUGAAAGACGAUUUCUCAGACCUGAAGCUUACGGCACGUUAGAAUCACCAUAUAAUGCCACAUUUUUCAGGCCACACUGCAUGCAGAGUGCAGUUGCGAAUCCGCCUAUCAGAUACUUCCAAAUGAGCGAAGAUUGCUUACAUUUGAAUGUAUUUAUUCCUGGUAAAACAGUGUCUUCUGAUAAGAAGUAUGCAGUGAUGAUAUUUAUACAUGGCGGUGGAUUUUCGAUAAGCGGUUCUGAGGUAUUCUCGGGUGACAAAUUGAGUGCAUUUCACAACGUUAUUGUUGUGACAGUUAAUUAUCGUCUCAAUACUUUUGGAUUUUUAAGUAACGGCACAAAAUCCUCUGGUAAUUUAGGCUUAUGGGAUCAAAAACUUGCACUCCAAUGGGUUCACGAUAACAUUGCUGCCUUUGGUGGAGACCCUGGAAAGGUCACAUUAUUUGGUAAUUCAGCUGGUGCGGCCAGUGUUCUGUAUCACGUUAUGAAUCCUACAAACAAAGGACUGUUCCAGCGGAUAAUAACACAAAGUGGAUCUGUACUGGCCCAAUGGGCACAACAAUAUAACCCGGCUGAAAUGUUUAAAGAAUUUAUAUCAGAAGUUAAAUGUGACAUGAAGCGUUACGAUGACAUUCUUGUGUGUCUCCAAUCAAAAGACGCUGCAGAUCUGGUAACAAACCGUUUUAGGCCAGUAGUAGACAAUGCAUAUAUCAUGGAAAACCCUGUUGCAACAUUUUCUAAACAAGGUAAUGAUAGAUCUGCAUACCUGGAAUUCUUUUCAGAGGUUGACUUUCUAUCUGGAGUACAGAGCAAAGAAGGUGCAGGAGUGAUAACUAAGAUAGCGGAACAAUAUAAAGGGUUUGGUAUAGAUAUUGCUAAAGGGAUAUCGCGAAGUAUUUUUGAAAACCAGUUUGUUCCGUCAAUGCUGCUUCAAAUGUAUGGUGCUUCGGCAUCACCGGUUCUGAAAGAAGCCGUCAUACAACAAUACAUUGACUGGUCAAGACCCGAUGAUGCUGAACUAAUUAGAGGUAGAAUAAUAGACUUCUGGUCGGAUGUCUCUUUCUUUGUACCAGCUAUAAACGUGCUAAAGAAACAUCAUACAUUGAGGAAAAAUAACGGAACGUCAUAUUUUUAUGUCUUUGAUCAGAAGCCAUUAUUGGAUCCCACACCUCUUUGGCUGAAAGGAUCAAAACAUGCUAUGGAAUUACCUUAUGUGUUUGGACUGCCAGAUGCAAUGAAAAUUGCGUCAGGGUUGCCUCUAGAUUCGAAGGUUACAAUUCCGCCGGCUGAUAUGAAAGUCUCUGGGAUCGUAAUGAGAUUGUGGACCAACUUUGCUAAAACGGGGAAUCCAAAUUUACCAGUGGAGAACGACGUUAAAGGCGUGCCAUCUUGGCCACAGUAUGAUGUCAACUCUCAAGCAUAUUUAGAAUUUUCAUCAAAUAUGACGUCAAAGUCCGUGAAGAACUACUUUGCCGCAUCAAGUGUAGAAUUCUGGACAAAUCUGGUUCCGUUGUUAGAGAAAUGUAAAACAUGUGGGAACCAGAACUGCUCUGGCUCUCAACGGGCUUCAAAAGCACAUUCCAUAACAAAUAACACUCCAGUAGCUUUAUUGUGUGUACUGUUUGUCCAAAUGCUCGUUUUUAUAAAAACACUUGUGUAGUUUUUUUAUGUAUCUUAACAAUUUAUAUAAUACUCCCGUGUUAGAGUUUUAGCUAACAAAGCUCAUUGCAUUCAAUGUAAAACGAGUUCGUCGUUGGUAUGUCCAACUUUCUUCUCUUUUGGUUGGUAACAUUCUUUGUCGGAUUCUUCAUAAGUGUAGUCAUAAUGCAUGUAAUUACGUUUGGUUAUGCGUUACAAGAAAUUCUGAAUUAAUGGCGAAUCUGAGAUAUAUUACAGUAAAAUAUUAUAAUGUCCAAGAUCGAAUGUAAAAAUGAAAGAGCAUGCCAUACUUGAAUACUUCGUUAAAGGGAACAUCAGGGUUCAGAGGCCAUAUGAUCGGACUUGUAAACAGAGUUGAAACAGGAAGAUUGACUUCUUAUGUAAACUUCGGUGGUAUCAAUAAAAAAUUGGUAAUUUUAAACGCUUUAAAAUCUUCUAAUUAAAUGAAAGUCUUAUGUUACAAUUUUAUGUUCUUCAUGACUUUAUAUCAUAAAUCUUUGUAUGUAUAAAAUUGAUAAGCUUUGAGAAAUAUAUUAUAUUUUUCUAGCAAUCAUAAAAUUCAGUAAGGAAGUUUAGAUAAUGAAUUUGAAUUCAUACAUAAAUAAAAUUUGUAUUUAUGAUUAUCAUAGGCGUUUUGACAAGAUUGUUAUUAUCUGGCGAAGCCUGCUGGCUGACUUAACACUAUAAUAAGCAAAAUGUCACUUGCCAUAAUUUAUUAUUUGGCUAUUACUCUAACUGAUUUGUUUGUGUAUUUAUUGCUAUUACAGGAAAUAAACUUUGUUUUCUGAUA